AUGGCAACCCAAGACCCACUGCUGUCUUCCGAUAACCGUGUCUAUAUCCAACUGCAAGUGAAUAGGCGUACAUUCCGUGCGUUGGUGGACACCAGUGCCAACCCACCAACUGGUUCGUUCAUAUACUUAGCAAACAAGGCAGCCCGUACUCCUCGGCUGGGAACAACAGAGGUACUACCUAUACGUUAUGGUUCCGAGAUUAUCAACAGGCCGUUUGAACUGAUGAAUCUACCCGACGAGCUCGACGACCUUCUCAAGCCAGUGGCUCGCCGCCAGCCCCCCGACGUUACCGAACCAGACGGAGUGCGGGCACGGCUUGCCACAGUUUUAGAAACGAACGCCGCUAUUGAGGACAAUGUACGUUGUCGCUUAGAGGGGAGUGAGGUGGCGAUAUCAGUCACCCGCGAGCAAGCAAUGAGCAUGAGAAGGUCAACACGCAAUUUCGUAUCCGAUCGAUGGCUUCCGUACGUCGACGAACAAGUACAGAAAUGGUUAAAAGACUUGGUGAUCACGAAGCGUACGACACCGACGACGGUUAAUCAUCCACUUCUAGCGGUUCCGACAUUCGACAGUACCGGGGGAGAAGAACGUACUACCGGACAUGCUCAGUCGGAUACAUGA